UGGGACGGAUGGAUGGAUCAAAGAUGGUUUACAGAUUUGGACAUAACAUCAAUCAAAUCUCAUUCAUUUAAGGAAAAUUUAGAGGGAAUUAAAGGACUUUCCGGUGCCAAAAAAGGAGGCUUUGGGUCGAAAAGCCCCAGGCUUUUUCCACACUUCCGUGUGUUUUCUUAUUUGUUCUGCCCUCUCGGGUUAGCUUGCUAGCGUUUCUACUAGCCAGCUAGCUGUUUGUAAAUAUUAUUCUUGAUAAAAUGGCCACCAUGGAGAAAUUGAUGAGGGCCUUCGAGUCUCUGAAGUCAUUCCAGCAGCAACAACAGGGACAACCUUCGGCCGAAGAGCUUGUGCAGAAACAGAAGAAGGAGCCUGCCACCACCAAAAAGGACAGAGUGACUCACUGCCUCACCAUAUGUGAAAACAUCGUGGCGCAGUCUCUGAGGACCUCCCCGGAGUUCCAGAAACUGCUGGGAAUCGCCAUGGAGAUGUUCCUGCUGUGCAGCGACGACGCAGAGUCCGACGUCAGGAUGGUGGCCGAUGAGUGCCUCAACAAGAUCAUUAAAGCCCUCAUGGACUCCAAUCUGCCUCGACUGCAGCUGGAGCUGUACAAAGAGAUUAAGAAGAACGGUGCGUCACGGAGCUUGCGAGCGGCCCUGUGGCGAUUCGCUGAGCUGUGCCACCUGGUGCGACCUCAGAAGUGCAGGCCGUACCUGGUGAACCUGCUGCCCUGCCUGACGCGCAUCAGCAAACGUCCCGAGGAGUCCGUGCAGGAAACGCUCGCCGCCGCCCUCCCCAAAAUCAUGGCUACCCUCGGGCCCUUCGCCAACGACGGCGAGAUCAAGAUGCUGCUGAAGGCGUUUGUGGGGAACCUGAAGUCCAGCUCCUCCACCAUUCGCCGCACAGCAGCUGGAGCCGCGGUCAAUGUGUGCCGGCACUCCCGCCGCACGCAGUACUUCUACACCUGGCUGCUCAGUCUGCUGCUCGGGCUGCUGGUCACAGUGGAUGAGGCCCUCUCCAGUCCCCUGGUUCUGGGGGUGCUGCUGACCCUGCGGUACCUGAUGCCCCUCCUGCAGCAGCAGGUCAGAGACUCCGGCCUCAAGGGCAGCUUUGGGGAAACCCGCAAAGAGGCCGACAUCUCCCCCACCAGCCAGCAACUGAUCCAGGUGUACGAGCUGACGCUGCACUACACACAGCACAGGGAUCAUAACGUGGUGACGGCCUCCCUGGAGCUCCUGCAGCAGGUGUUCCGCACGCCUCCUCCUGACCUCCUCCUGGCCCUGACCACGCCCGGGGGCAUCCCCUACACCAGUGUGUCCCUCCUGGAGGACAAGAGCCGGGACUGCAGGGGCGGCAUCUCCCAGCUCAUCGCCGGGAGCGCCUCCAGCAGUCCACUGCUCCUCAGGAAACAGAAAGGCAGAAUGCCAACAGGGGAGGAGGAGGGGCUAGAAGACGACAUGGAGAGGUCAGAGGUCGGCGCCGGGGCCUUCACAGCAGCCUCUGGGGCCGAGGCGGUGGACAUCAUCACGGAGCAGCCGCGCCCGUCGCAGUGCGGCCUGCAGGAGCCCGCGGAGCCGAGCGGAGGAGACGCGGCCGCGGGCCAGGAGGAGGAGGAGGAGGAGGAGGAGGAGGAGGAGAACACUCUGAGCCGGGGCUCCAGCCAGGCAGGGGCGCUCAGCGCUGCCCACGGCGACCCCUCCCCGCCCAGCGACGGCUCCCACACCCUCCCCGAGGGCCCUGAGCUGCCCACCACACCCCCCGACUGCGGAGAGCUCGUGCUGGACGGCCCUGAGAGCCAGUACUCGGGGAUGCAGAUCGGAACGCUGCAGGAUGAGGAAGAGGAGGAGGGCGGGGCCAGCGCUGGACCAGAGGAGCCCCCCCGGCCCUUCUCCCAAUCCGCUCUGGCCCUGAGCAAGCCUCACCUCGUAGAGGGCAAAGGUCACAGCCGACAGUCGUCUGACAGCAGUGUGGAUCGGCUGGUGCCAAAAGAAGACGUGCUGGAGUCUGCAGACCUGGAGAACAAGCCUCCCAGGAUUAAAGGAGAGAUCGGUCACUACACCGACCCGACCGUGGAACCGCUGGUCCACUGCGUACGGCUGCUCUCGGCCUCCUUCCUGCUCACCGGACGCAGGAACGGUCUGGUUCCAGACAGGGAGGUGCGUGUGAGUGUGAAGACUCUGGCGGUGAGCUGUGUGGGCGCAGCGUCUGCUCUUCACCCCGAGGUCUUCUUCAACACCCUCUACAGGGAGCCUCUACAGGGCCUGCAGCCUGACGAGCAGCAGUACAUAACGGACAUUUUGCAGUUCGUCGAGCAUGGAGACCCUCAGAUCCGCGGGGCCACGGCUGUGCUGUGUGGAGCAGUCAUUUACUCCAUUCUGAACAAAACCCGCUUCUGUGUGGAGCCCUGGCUCGCUGCCGUCAAAAGCUCCACGGGAAACCCCCUCUCCCUGGGGAGCUGUGUGCUCCUACUGCAGAGGAGCCUGAGGGACGAGUCCUCUGUCACCUGCAGGAUGGCCUGUCUGGCUGUGAGGCACUGCCUCAUGGCCCUGUGCAACAGUACCCUGGGUGAACUGGGUCUACAGCUGCUCACUGACAUCCUGACCCUCAGAGACUGCUCCUAUUGGCUGGUUCGGACAGAGCUGCUGGAGACGCUGGCUGAGAUGGACUUUCGAUUAGUGAGUUUCCUCGAGAGGAAGACGGAAAGAUUACACAAAGGAGAGCACCACUACACGAGACUGCUGAAGCUGCAGGACCGGGUCCUGAACGACGUGGUCAUCCACUGCCUGGGAGACGAGGACCCUCGAGUGAGGCGCGUGGCAGCAGCGUCGGUCAGCAGGCUGAUCUCCCGGCUGUUCUUCAGCUGCGACCAGGGGCAGGCGGACCCGGUGGUGGCCAUGGCUCGGGACCAGAGUGGCGUGCACCUGAAGCUGCUCAUGCACGAAACGCCGCCCCCGUCCCACUUCACCGUCAGCACCAUCAGCAGGACGUACAGGGGCUACAGUGUCUCUCAGAACACGUCAGACGUCACCGUGGAGAACAGCCUGUCCCGGGUGAUCACGGCUGUGUCCCAUGCGCUCGUCGCCUCCACCUCCCGGGCCCUGACUUUCGGCUGCUGUGAAGCUCUAUGCCUCCUGUCCUCCUCCUACCCAGCAUGCAUCUGGAGCGUGGGCUGGCAUUGCGGGUACGUCAGCUCCUCUGCUGGCCAGCUCAAUCGCUCCAGCCUCUACAAGAACAGGGGUCGUUCCCACAGUGCGCCCCAGUCAGACUCGGUGGAUGACUCAAAGCGGAGCUGUAUAGUGGGCGUAGCCAACAUGGUGCUGUCGCUGCUGUCUUCUGCUUGGUUCCCUCUUGACCUGUCAGCACACCAGGAUGCCAUGCUAUUGGCUGGCAACCUCCUCGCAGCUGUGGCCCCCAAGUGUCUGAGGGGCCCUUGGACGGGGGAUGAGGAGCCCGGCGGCGGUGGCGCUAAGCCGGAGGAGCCGUGGCCGGCGCUUGGCGACCGCUCCGUAGCCGCUAUGCUGGAGCAGCUGUUCUCACACCUGCUGAAGGUCAUCAACAUCUGCGCCCAUGUGCUCGAUGAGAUGGCCCCCGGCCCUGCCGCCAAGGCCUCUCUCCCCUCUCUGUCCAACACCCCCUCCUUGAGCCCCAUCCGCAGGAAGAGCAAAGACAAGGAGCCGGCGGAGCCCACCGGCGCCCCCAUGAGUCCAAAAAGAAGCAGCGAGGGUAACCCAGCAGGCCGAGCUGCAGACGCCGCAGGCACCGCCACGCUCAAGUCCACCACGCUGGGCAGCUUCUACCACCUCCCACCCUACCUGAAGCUGCACGACGUCCUGAAGGCCACGCACGCCAACUACAAGGUGACCCUGGACCUCCACAGCGGCAGCGAUAAGUUCGGCAGUUUCCUGCGGGCGGCGCUGGACGUCCUGUCCCAGCUGCUGGAGCUGACCAUGCUGCAGGACAUCGGAAAGUGCGUGGAGGAGAUCCUGGGGUACCUCAAGUCCUGCUUCUCCAGAGAGCCCACCAUGGCAACCGUCUGUGUGCAACAGCUGCUGAAGACCCUGUUUGGGACCAACCUGGCGUCCCAGUUCGACGGGUCGUGGUGGAACCCCAGUAAGGCCCAGGGGAAGGCCCUGCGGCUGGGCUCCUCCAGCCUGCGGCCCGGGCUCUACCACUACUGCUUCAUGGCCCCCUACACACACUUCACCCAGGCGCUCGCCGACGCCAGCCUGAGGAACAUGGUGCAGGCCGAGCAGGAGCAGGACGCGUCCGGGUGGUUUGAUGUGAUGCAGAAGGUGUCCAACCAGCUCAGGUCAAGCAUCACUAAUGUUACCCGGCAAAGAGGGGACAAGAACACCAUCCACAGUCACAUCCGUCUGUUCGAGCCGCUGGUGAUUAAGGCGCUGAAGCAGUACACCACCAGCACCUCUGUGUCUCUGCAGCGGCAGGUUCUGGACCUGCUGGCCCAGCUGGUGCAGCUCCGGGUCAACUAUUGCCUGCUGGACUCAGACCAGGUCUUCAUUGGCUUUGUACUGAAACAGUUUGAGUACAUAGAGGUUGGCCAGUUCAGGGACUCGGAGGCCAUCAUUCCCAGCAUCUUCUUCUUCCUGGUGCUCCUCUCCUACGAGCGCUACCACUCCAAGCAGAUCAUCAGCAUCCCCAAGAUCAUCCAGCUGUGUGAUGGCAUCAUGGCCAGCGGCCGGUGGGCUGUCACUCAUGCGAUCCCAGCACUGCAGCCCAUCGUACACGACCUGUUUGUGCUGCGCGGAUCCAACAAGGCGGAUGCUGGGCGGGAGCUGGAGACCCAGAAGGAGGUGGUGGUGUCCAUGCUGCUGCGCCUCAUCCAGCACCACCAGGUGCUGCAGAUGUUCAUCCUGGUGCUGCAGCAGUGUCACAAGGAGAACGAGGACAAGUGGAAGAGGAUGUCCCGGCAGAUCGCUGACAUCAUCCUGCCCAUGAUCGCCAAGCAACAGAUGCUCCUGGACUCCCACGAGGCCCUGGGGGUGCUGAACACCCUGUUUGAGACGGUGGCCCCCUCCUCCCUGCGGCCUGUGGACAUGCUGUUGAAGAGCAUGUUUGUCACGCCCGUCACCAUGGCAUCCGUGGCCAUGGUACAGCUGUGGGUCUCCGGAAUUUUGGCUGUCCUCAGAGUCCUCAUCUCCCAGUCCACAGAGGACAUCGUCCUGUCCCGUGUGCAAGAGCUCUCCCUGUCCCCCUUUCUCCUGUCCUGUCAGACCAUCCAAAGGCUCCGGGGAGAGGGGCCUCACACUCCCCCCGCCAAGGAAGAGGAGGAGGACGGGGAACUGCCCCGUCACCCACCCGAGGAAGCCUUCUCCAGGUUCCUGCUGCAGCUGGUGGGGAUUCUGCUGGAGGACAUUGCCACCAAGCGAGUGAAGUUGGACAUGAGCGUGGAGCAACACACAUUCUACUGCCAGCAACUUGGCACCCUGCUCAUGUGCCUCAUUCACGUCUUUAAAUCAGGCAUGUUCCGGCGGAUCACGGCGGCUGCCACCAGGCUCCUGAAGGCGGAGGGGGGAGAGGGCAGCUUCUACACCCUGGAGGGGCUGAACAGCAUGGUGCAGUCUCUCAUCACCACCCACCCCUCCCUGGUUCUGCUCUGGUGCCAGGUCCUCCUGGUCAUCGACUACACCAACUACACCUGGUGGUCCGAGGUGCACCAGACACCUAGGAGGCACAGCCUGUCCCGGACCAAGCUGCUGAGCCCCCACCCGUCUGUGGACGGCGAGGAGGAGCACCCGGACACCAGGCUGGCCGUCUGUAACCGGGAGAUCGUGCACAGGGGGGCCCUCAUCCUCUUCUGCGACUAUGUGUGCCAGAACCUGCACGAUUCAGAGCACCUCACCUGGCUCAUUGUCAACCACGUACGGGACCUGAUCAACCUAUCCCAUGAGCCUCCGGUGCAGGACUUCAUCAGCGCCAUCCACCGAAACUCGGCCGCCAGCGGGCUGUUCAUCCAGGCCAUCCAGUCCCGCUGUGAGAACCUCUCCACUCCCACCAUGCUGAAGAACACCCUGCAGUGUUUGGAGGGGAUCCACCUGAGCCAGUCGGGGGCGCUGUUGAUGCUGUACGUGGAUAAGCUGAUCAGCACGCCGUUCCGCGUGUUAGCGCGCAUGGUGGACACGCUGGCCUGCAGGAGGGUGGAGAUGCUGCUCGCUGAGACACUGCAGAACAGCACAGCUCAACUGCCACCGGAGGAGCUGGACAGGAUUCAGGAGCACCUCCAGAACACAGGCUUAGCUCAGAGGCACCAGAGGCUCUACUCCCUGCUGGACAGGUUCAGGGCCUCCGUCGCCGAGGAUACCUGCAGCCCUUCCCCUCCUGUCACCCCACACCCCCUCGAUGGGGAUCCUCCCCCCGCCCCAGAGACCGUGCAGGCCAAUAAGGACUGGUUUGUGUCUCUGCUGAAGUCUCAGUGCUUCUUGCGCACUGACGCUGCCCUGCUGGAGGUCACAGACCUGCUGACCAAACUGCCCCAGAGCGACCUCUCCUCCAUCCUGGCGUCUCCGGAGUUUAACCUCAGCCUGCUGUCUCCCUGCCUGAGUGUGGGCGUGCAGCGCCUCUCCCGGGGGCAGGGCGGGGUGUUUUUAGAGACAUCCCUACAGGCCCUGCUGGACCGGCUCUCUGGCCUCCUGCAGCUCCUCCCCGUCCCGCACCAGCCCUUCCUGCCCCCCUCCGACCCCGCCCUCUCUCCCUCGGCCUACUGGGAGAAGCUCUCUGACAUCUACGGAGAUGCAGGUGUGUACCAGACAGUGGUGAGUCUGUGCCGAGCUUUGAGUCGGUACCUGCUGGCCCUCCCCACGCUCCCCUCCUCCCUGCAGAUCCCCCGGGAGAAGGAGGUCCUGAUCACCCGCUUCACCACGCUGGCCCUGGAGGCGGUGACAUGGUGUGUGCUGCAGGAUCAGGCCUUCCUCAGUUUGGAUCUGCAGGCGGUUCUGUGCUGCUGUUGCCUGGCGCUGCAGCAGACCUGCGUCUGGAACCUUCUCUCGGCUGUGGCGUACGCGAGCCGGACCUGCUCGCUCAUCCAGUGCGUGCGGCUGCUCGUCUACGCAGUGGCUGUGGAGCCUGGAGACCAGCUCCUGAGGCCCACCCGGAGGAGGCUGUGCCGGGACAGCGGGGCAGAGGAAGACCAGGUGGACACACCUUCUAAAGACAAUCUGUGUGUGAAGAGGGCUUGUGAGGUGAUGUCUGAGCUGGUGGAGGCUCUUCAGGGUGUCCUGGCCGUGGGGCACCCCAGAAACCGCAGGAUCCCCCUCUUCCUCACCCCCACCCUGCGCAACAUCAUCAUCAGCCUGGCCCGGCUGCCGCUGGUCAACAGCUACACCAGAGUGCCCCCGCUGGUUUGGAAGUUGGGCUGGUCCCCCACCGCUGGCGGAGAGCUGGGCACUGUGCUGCCGGAGAUCCCUGUAGAGUUCCUGCAGGAGAAGGACGUCUUCAGGGAGUUCCUGUACCGCAUCAACAUCCUGGGGUGGAGCAGCCGGACGCAGUUUGAGGAAACCUGGGCCACGCUGCUGGGAGUGCUGGUCACGCAGCCAAUCAGCAUGGACCAGGAAGAGGAGAAUCAGCAGGAGGAGGACCUGGAGCGGACACAGAUAAACGUGCUGGCGGUGCAGGCCAUCACCUCUCUGGUGCUGAGCGCCAUGACCCUCCCUGUGGCGGGAAACCCUGCGGUCAGCUGCCCGGAGCAGCAGCCGCGCAACAAGGCCCUCAAAGCGCUGGACACUCGGUUCGGGAGGAAGCUGCACAUGAUCCGGGGCAUCGUGGAGCAGGAGAUCCAGGCCAUGGUGUCCAAGAGGGACAACAUCGCCACGCCCUACCCCUACCAGGCCUGGGACCCCGUGCCCUCCCUCACUGCCUCCUGCCGAGGAGUGCUGAUCAGCCAUGAGAAACUCCUCCUGCAGAUCAACACAGAGCGAGAGAUGGGCAACAUGGACUACAAACUGGGACAGGUGUCCAUCCACUCGGUGUGGCUGGCCAAUAGCAUCACACCCCAGAGGGAGGAGGAGUGGGAUGAGGAUGAGGAGGAUGAGACUGACGUCCCGGCAGUGGGGUCACCCCCCACCUCGCCCUCCAACUCCCGAAAGCACCGUGCCGGUGUGGAUGUGCACUCCUGCUCCCAGUUUCUGCUGGAGCUGUACAGCCAGUGGAUCCUCCCAGGCAGCCCCAACAGCCGCAAGAGCCCCGUGGUCCUGAUCAGCGAGGUGGUGCGCUCGCUGCUGGCUGUGUCUGACCUGUUCACGGAGAGGACCCAGUUUGAGAUGAUGUUCCACACUCUGAGCGAGCUCCAGAAGGUGCACCCGGCCGAGGACGAGAUCCUCAGCCAGUACCUGGUCCCGGCCGUCUGCAAGGCUGCUGCCGUCCUGGGCAUGGACAGAGCCAUGUCGGAGCCUGUGUGCAGGCUGCUGGAGACCACGCUGCACAGCACACACAUGCCCAGCCGCAUCGGAGCCCUGCAGGGGGCGCUCUACAUCCUGGAGUGUGACCUGCUGGAGGAGACCAACAAGCAGCUCAUCCCUACAGUCAGCGAUUACCUGCUGUCUAACCUGCGCCCCAUCGCCCACUGUGUCAGCCUGCACAACCAGCAUCACGUCCUGGUCAUGUGUGCUGUGGCCUUCUACUUGAUGGAGAACUACUCGCUGGACGUGGGGUCAGAGUUCACUGCUGCCGUCAUCCAGGUGUGCGCAGUGAUGGUAUUGGCCAGUGAGGAGGCCACGCCCUCGGUGGUGUACCACUGUGUCCUGCGGGGGCUGGAGCGCCUCCUGCUGUCUGAACAGCUGUGCCGAUUGGACAGCGAGGCGCUGGUCAAGCUGAGCGUGGACCGGGUCAACAUGCCCAGCCCCCACCGAGCCAUGGCUGCCCUGGGGCUAAUGCUGACCUGCAUGUACACAGGCAAGGAGAAAUGCAGCCCCAGCCGGACGGCCGACGCUGACACCGCGGCUCCUGACACGGAGUCUGUCAUCGUGGCCAUGGAGCGCGUCUCUGUGCUGUUCGACAGGAUAAGGAAGGGCUUCCCCUUCGAGGCACGGGUGGUGUCGAGGAUCCUGCCCCAGUUCCUGGACGACUUCUUCCCGCCACAGGAUGUGAUGAACAAGGUCAUCGGGGAGUUCCUGUCCAACCAGCAGCCUUAUCCUCAGUUCAUGGCCACCGUGGUCUACAAGGUGUUCCAGACCCUCCACGCCACGGGGCAGUCCUCCAUGGUGCGGGACUGGGUCCUGCUCUCCCUCUCCAACUUCACCCAGAGGACCCCCGUGGCCAUGGCCAUGUGGAGCCUGUCCUGCUUCUUCGUCAGCGCGUCCACCAGCCAGUGGAUCUCUGCACUUCUGCCUCAUGUCAUCAGCCGGAUGGGCCGGUCUGACGUGGUGGACGUGAACCUCUUCUGCCUGGUGGCCCUGGACUUCUACAGACACCAGAUCGACGAGGAGCUGGACCGCCGCUCCUUCCAGUCCGUCUUCGAGGUGGUGGCCUCGCCCGGCGGUCCCUACCACCGGCUGCUCAGCUGCCUGCAGAGCGUCCACAGGAUGACGGCGUUCUGAGCCGGACAGACAGACGGACAGCGGGGGAGACCGAGGGAGCGUUGCUUCCAACGGAGACCGCCUGCCUGACAGACUGACUGAUGGAGAGAUUCAGCAAUACAGAAAAUUUUAACAAGCAUACUGGGAGAAAAUAAAGUGAACAGUAAGCUUGCAGAGAGACAGACGGACGGACAUGCCGAGAGGGUAGGAAGGCAUUAAGGCCCUCACUAUUGUGCCACUUUUUACCUGGGCAGAAGCCCCUGUAUACUCAAGAAGAAGGUCCUCCAACACCAUGGAAACACUGGCUCUCCCACUCCUUUCUCUCCACGGACGACACAGGCUCUUCCUCCGCUCAAAACGAAAGAACAUGACAAUAAAACUGGAGCACCACACCGUGCUCGCGCAUGUUCCCUCGAAGGGAACACUCAAGCCAUGUCACACAGACAAAGGAUGUUCUAUAUUUAAAGAAUUAAGGAAAAUAAUUCUAUAUUUUUGGGUGCUUUUUUGUUACAGAAGACUGAUAAGAUUGUAAAAUGGCAAGGGCUGUCCACAGAAACCCUGUUUGAUAGAGUUAAUUUGUAGUUUUCAUUCCAUCUUACCCUUCAAUGCUGAGAGUAAGAGAAAGAGGAACCUUUCAAAAUAAAAGGCUUAUUUGGCCAUAUUAAUGGCCUAGAUCGUUACAGCAUUGCAGGCAAGAGGAACUGUUACAGUUGGCAUGUUGCUAUUACAUUCCCUAUCUGUUAUUAUUUGCCAUUGUGUAUUUCUUUCUCUGAACAAAAAUUAGUAACUAGCCCCAGGUUUGUUUGUUUUUUUAAUUGCUCUUUUGUUCUGCUCGGGAUGUGUGACGUGACGUUACUGCCUUGAUAUGUCUCUGAAUGAUUUGUCUUUCCAUUUCAUGUAAAGUGCACUCAUGUGAAACCCGAUGCGCAUGCUGUUGUGGGUUUAAAAGGAGAAAAAAGUACUGGAAUGAGCAAGAACACAGUUUCUGAAUGUCUGACACUUUUCGAAACUGCACAUUAUCACGAGUACGGAAGCUUGCACCUUUUCUGUGUCGUCUGUAAUGUCCUCAUUUAAACCCUGACUGUGCGCAAUAAUCAGUAAUUAAACUACUGAAUUGUUA